AGUGCUCCACCAAGGCAGUGCCCAGACAUAAAAAGGUCGGACUGGGCUGGAGCAACCAUCACCUCUGGUGGGUCGAGGACUCAGAGCACCAACGCCAUGGCCUGCCCCAGUCUCGCUUGCUGCCUCCUUGGCCUGCUGGCUCUGACCUCCGCCUGCUACAUCCAGAACUGUCCCCUGGGCGGCAAGAGGGCUGUGCUGGACUUGGACAUGCGCAAGUGCCUCCCCUGCGGGCCCGGCGGCAAAGGGCGCUGCUUCGGGCCCAACAUCUGCUGCGCCGACGAGCUGGGCUGCUACGUGGGCACCGCCGAGGCGCUGCGCUGCCAGGAGGAGAACUACCUGCCCUCGCCCUGCCAGUCGGGCCAGAAGCCGUGCGGGAGCGGGGGCCGCUGCGCCGCCGCGGGCGUCUGCUGCAGCCCGGAUGGCUGCCGCACGGACCCCGCCUGCGACCCUGAGUCUGCCUUCUCCGAGCACUGAGCCCUCUCGGGGAUACAUUUAGAGCUCACCCUUCACUCCCCCAGGCCACCGCCAGAAAGAAAUGACAAAUAAAGCAGAUUUCCUC